AUGUACCAUACACAUAUUAUGCGUUCUCGCUCCCGUGGCGCGGCAGUAUCGGCAUCAUGGGCCACACUAGGCCAUCAAGCACGUCAAGCUAAGACUAAGUUCCAUGCACACUUCCUCAUGAUGGCUCCUUUAUUGUCAAGGCCUCUCAGCGGAUGGUCGUGGUCUACCACACGGACUGGUGGUCCUCCCCUCAAGUCUUCGGACAGAUUAGCUGGCCGAACAUGUAUGAUUACAGGCGGCACAUCUGGCAUUGGAUUCGCCAUUGCAGAACGAUUCCUCCAAGAAGGUGCCAAGCGCGUCAUCCUCGUUGGCAGAUCUCACGAACGGCUUGUCAAAGCCGCUUCUAGAUUAGAGGCUCCUACAUCUGGGAGUUCGUUCGCUGCCGUCCAAUCAAGCAAUGAUAGCAUCGCUUGGGAAGUAGCAAUUAAAGCCCCAGAAACAGACCAACAAUCGCAAAACAAGGAUACGGAGGCAAAGUCACAUGGUAGACUAAUCGACUCCUCAAGUAGAAUCAGUCUCCUCAUCGGUGAUAUAUCAGAAGCCGGGACCUGGCUGCGCGAAUUGGAGAAGGCAAUGCAACCUGUCGACAUCCUCGUCAACGCUGCAGGCAUCUCCAUCUCGAACAUCCUCGCCAAACUUGAACCAGAUGAUAUCUCGCAAGUCCUUCGGACAAAUCUCGAGGGCGCAAUGCUAGCCUCGCGAGCUCUCGUGCGCGCCUCCAUCCGCAGUCAGAUGAAGAUUCGCAAUACCUCCAGCACAUCUGAAGUACCUCUCCCAUCAAAAUGUAUUAUCAACAUUUCUUCCCUGCUUGCUGUUAAGGGAGGCACCGGCGCGGUACCUUAUGCAGCAUCCAAGGCUGGUAUCCUUGGGCUGACGCGCUCGUUGGCAGGGGAAGCUGCCCAAUCCCUCCGAGGCGUUGUGAUUCGUUCCAACGCGAUAGUCCCGGGGUACAUAGAAACGCCAAUGAUUGCUGAUUUCAGUGCGGGGGAAACCUCCAGACUAAAGGAGAGUAUUCCUGUUCGGAGGUUUGGUACUCCGCAUGAAGUUGCCGACGCCGCUGUGUUCCUGGCGCAGAAUGAGUACGCGAAUAACUGCGUCCUCAAUCUGGACGGUGGUUUGAGUGCGAUGUAA